GAAGAAGAGCUCGCUCAACCCGUGUCACGCGGAACGGAACGACUAGGAUUCCAACGUCUGUGCCGUGCUUGGAAGAGAAGACUGCGCUCCGUCGUACAUAUUUGCGUCUCGCAUCGAAGAACCUUCAAUGGAUCUGGACAGACCCCGGAACUUCCGACGCCAUAGCGUGAUUCCUGCAAGCGAGACGCUCGCCUCGACACGGUUGCAAAUCCGCGACAGCGAGGAACGUCGGCAGAGCGACAACGCGCUUCCUUCUGCUAGGAGACAAGGUCAUCCGCAAGGCUCUGACGUUUCGGACAGCGACCACAACGACGGCAUGCGUGUCGCCCGCAGCCAAACGGACCAAAGCAAAGGUUCGAACUCUACUUCAUUACAGUUGACGGACCAAGUUGGCGACAGCGAUUCGCAGGCGGCCGACACUGGACCCUGGCAAUCUCCUACGGGAUAUCGACUCAGGACGAGUGAGGUGCAUGACCCCUUCUUGGGCAACUCUGUCUCAGGCAUAGCCCCAACGCCUUUCAGCUUCUCCGACCGAAAUCGAGAAGACAUUGCUGAAAGGCGCCAAUCGUCAUCGGGUACACUGAGCGAGGAAAUCGAAUUCAGGUACAAAAAGACGCGCGAAGUUCCUUUGCCCGCGUGGUCACACACAGACAACGCCGAUGCGAGGACAUUCGAAGAAUCGUCGACCCAUGUAUCCAAGUCCGAACACCCGCCUCGUCAACGCCGCUCUGUAGAUCACCGGAAGCGGCCGUUCAGUGAAAUGGGGAGACAGCGUGCAGGAAGACGGAAAGCUUUUCCCAUGAUCGAGGAUAUGACGGACUCUGACGCAAGCAUACCGUUUUCGUCCCAGACGACUCGUCGUUCACGGGAGGACUCAGCUGGCCACCUAGAUGGGCGGCGAAAUAUUAUCCCCUCAGACGCUGUACUUGAAAAGCCAAGGCGAAAAUCGUCACAGUGGCGCGACGACGUGGGUUUCAACACUGGAUCCAGUGGUCACCGUCGUCAAGACCAAUUUACGUCGUCCGAGAAGCAGCAAGACACUGUCCCGGUCCGCCCGGUCACCUCCAAUCCUACUAACGUGCCACGGGUCCUAAGAUCUUUCGGUGGCAUCAGUGAUAUGAUACCUGAUGAAGAGAGGCCUGGUUCAGGUGGGAGCUACGACAAUAGCCUCUCAACCACGUCUCCGAAACAAGCACAUUCUCCACCUAUACAAAGUUCGUCAGAGUCGUCCGGGGACCAUACUCAGUCGAGUGCUGCGGUGCAACGGUCCUCGCGGACCAACACACUGCAGUCUCACCAAGGGACACAAACACAGGUGGAACAUCAAGGCCGAGAUUCAAGGCAGAGCUCUAGAAAUGCCACACCGGCAAGCGCAGAGCAGUUUUCGAAGAGCGACGUUCAGACCAGAUCAACGAAUGCGCCGGACAAGGACAGUCAAACUGCGUCAACCAGGCAGUCACCUUUGCAGCAAAGACCGCUGUCCCCAAUAGCAGCUGAGGCUGCUGAAGAGUCGUCAUCGAGGUCUGCAAGGACAGACAGCAACAUACCUGUGACUGUUUUAGCUCAAUCUAAUGUCCGAGUUGCAGAGAGGAAUACGUUGCCGCUCUCCGUCGAGCAGUCUCAGGAUAAGGCUGUGCAGGUUCGCAUUGUGUUGCCGGACAAGAAGCUCAUCGCCUGCUCUUUGAUCGCGGGUUUUCUCGCAAUCGCGCUCAUUGCCGCCGUUCUCUACGCUCUACUACGGUGAUACGAUAGUUUCAUUUGUGGUAAUUUAGAAUCACAAUGAUACUGGGUUUUACGAAUGCAAAAAUUAAAUACUACAAGAUAGCCGA